AUGAGUUUCUCUAUCGACAACGAGCUCACAUGGCGAGCUACUGCCGAAGUACCAUGCCGUGAGGUGGAUGGUAUGGAUUGGGAACGUUGCGCAGCUCUCCAUAAUCUAAUUGUGGGGCUGGGCUGGGCCGUCACCGGCAAACCAGAGACGGAAAUGCCAAGGGUGACGUGGUGGCAGAGACAUAUCACGGAUCAAGCUCUAGAGGACAAAUGGUCGACAAGGUUAUCGCCGUCCCUGAAACUGUUCCUUCAGGCUGCAUUCGAAACGCCCCCUGGCCAGAACUUCUUCUACUACUCUACUGGUCUGGCUUGGCCGGAUCGCUUGUUCAUUCAAGGACACGAUGAAGAAGAAAUCAUGUGCUUAUACCAGAUGACCAAUCUGAGUCUUGGUAGUCACCGAGAUGGUCUGAACUUUGACCAAGAAAUAUCGCGGGCGAUCUUUCAUUGUGAUAUCCUUGACUCGCAUAUCACAAUGAAUGGCCGAACAGAAUGGGAUCCUCUUGAGGUCGUCUUGAGCGCAUGGCUUGACAUGAUAGACACCGGAAAGGUGGUCGCGAGACCCCAGCCUGGCAAUGGGCCGUGUGAAGCCGAGCCGUGGGAGAUGCUUCCAUUCAGCCAACAUGACCUCCAAAGGGCACUUAAUGGUUUUGAUAAUCUAGUUUUUAGGAUGGAGUGUCUGAUUGAAAAUCCCUCGCUGCAAACAAAAGAUAACCCAGAGGACCAAGAGAAGCUGCUCGCUCUUGUAAAAGCCAAAUUUGAGGCCUCUCGCUCUCGAGAUCAGUUUGGCCUUAUUUCCAACGAAGUCCUGGAUGCCGCUGGCUUGGGAGAAGGCUUUGUCCGGGAUUUUCUCACAAUGGUUCGUCGGCCAAAGAAGAAUAUCAAAUACGUAGCCCCAGGACUCCGUCUUCCUACUGCAGACGACUUCUCGCCACGCCCACUCCAAGACUUUGAUAUGCCUGGGUGCUUUCAGUACCACAAUCCUGUUCUCCCAGUGCCUCUCUUCAUCACAGACAUCAACUCCACAACGCCGGUUUUUGAACACUACCCGUUUGAAGACAUCCCUAAUCUGCCCCACGGACUUUGGACCGGCUACGUGGACAAAGAGAGCGACCACGUAUUUGAAGACUCCUGCAGUCUCUGCCUACCAUUUGAGGUCGGCGUAAACGGGUUUGCGCGCCACGCCGACGAUUCCCUCAUCGGCGACAACCAGGAAGGCAGAGUGGCGAGGCCAAACGGCCGGAGGAAUGACCUGUACCAGCUGGGAUACAACCAUUAUGGCCCUGCGCAUGGGCCACAGCUUGGGGAUAUACUGGAUUUAUGGCAGAAUCUCGUGGGAGCGGGGGAGUGGGAAGUCGGCGAGGAAGGCGUCUUGGGCGGGAUCGAGAAGUUCAAGGAGGCGGAUACGGAGGAGCAUUAUGAGGAGUAUCAGCUAUUUGUUAAGUGGUAG